UUGAGUAAGAAAAUGGGGAACUCACAGAGGCCUGUGCUUCUUUGUUUAGGGAUAUGCAUUUUUUCACUGCAGUGGAUACUGACCCAUCAGCAAUCCAAUGUGGCCUUAAGCGGAAUAGCAACACAGUCAUCGACAUACAACAACAAAUACUAUGCUUACUUAGCUAAUGAUGGCAACAGAGCAUCUCACUUUUCAUCCUACUCAUGUACUACUACAAAUCCUGAGGAUAACCCAUGGUGGAGGGUGGAUUUGUUGGCAGUGUAUGAUAUUAGGAAUGUAACCAUCACGAACAGGGGUGACUGCUGCCCAGAACGGAUAAAUGGUGCUGAAAUUCACAUUGGCAACUCCUUAGUCAACAAUGGCAACAAUAACCCCAGAUGUGUCAUUAUCUCUAGCAUCCCUGCUGGUGCCUCAGAAAAUUACAUGUGCAAUAUGAAGGGUCGUUUCAUGAAUAUUAUCAUUCCCAAAGUUUCCCAGUUUCUCACUCUCUGUGAAGUGGAAGUGUAUGGGUUUCCAGUGCCUGUGAAUAAGACGGCAUUUCUGAGAUUAAAAUUUAACAGCAGUGAGGAUCUCACCAACUCUAACGUGAAGGACAAAGUUCUUCAAAAGAUGAAAUCUGCCAAUAUCCAAUCAUCAUUAUUUCAGGUCAGCUGGACAAAGGAACCAGAACUGGGAAAAGAAACUUAAAGAAGGGUGGAAGAAAUGCAUCUUAAAUAUGUACAAGAAGAAGAAGGAAGAAGAAGAAGAAGAAGAAGAAGAAGAACAACAACAACAACAACAACAAUGAACAUCAAAUGUGUGAGGUUUGGGUGUAGCAUAUGGAAAACUAGCUAGCUGUACUUCUACAUACUGGUUAGAAGUACAGGGCUUUGUAUCUG